AUGGAAGGCCACAAUAAUAAUACAUCAUCACCAAUUGAUCGUACUGUCCAGAAGAUAUUAAGUUGCAUAAGGGAUGAUGAUGAUAGGCAUAAAAUUGGGUUAUGGGGUAUGGGCGGAAUUGGGAAGACCGUUACAAUGAAGGUCCUACACAAUUCACCCGAAUUAACAGCUAUGUUCCAAAUGGUUAUUUGGGUAACUGUGUCCAAAGAUGGAGGAAGAGGAGAAAAAAUAAUUAGAAAGGUACAAAAGGAUAUUCUUAAGCGUCUAAAAUUGCAGUUUGAUGAUGAUGAUGAGUCUGUUGAAAGAAACGCCAGCAGAAUAUUUCAAGGAUUGAGAAAUAUGAAGUAUUUGCUGCUUCUAGAUGACUUGUGGGAAACAUUGGAUUUGGAAAUCAUAGGAAUCCCCAACCCAAGCAGAGAAAAUGGAUGCAAAAUGAUAAUAACGACUCGGUCCAUGGUUGUCUGUAACAAAAUGGAGAUUGAUAAGACAAUUAAAGUUGAAGUCUUAUCUAAAGAGGAGGCGUGGAAUUUGUUUCGGAAAAAGGUUGGUGACGUUGUGGAUUCAUCAGAGGAUAUAAAAGAAAUAGCUGCACAGGUCGUUGGAGAAUGUCGAGGUUUGCCACUUGCCAUUAUUGCAAUUGGAGGGUGCUUAAGAGAUAAGAAUGGGGUAAGUGAAUGGAGAAAUGCAUUGAAGGAGUUGAGAUCAAAUAAGUACGAAAUUAUUGAUGAGAUGGAAGAAUCUGUGUUUAAGAUAUUGAAGUUCAGUUACGACCAAAUAAAAAGUAACAAUAUCAAGAACUGCUUUUUAUACUGUGCUUUAUACCCGGAGGACUAUGGGAUUCCAGUAAAAGAAGUUGUACGACGUUGGUUGGCAGAGGGUUUCAUUGAUGAUGAUGGUCGUUAUUUUUCAAGGUUGGAUGAUGCAUGUGAUAGAGGGCAUGCUAUAAUAAAUUACCUAAAAGAUGUUUCAUUGUUGGAAGAUGGCAACGACUCAUGGAGUCGGUAUGUCAAGAUGCAUGACGUGAUUAGAGAUUUGGCAUUAAUGAUCACUUCAUCAUCAGCAUCAUCAUCAUCAUCAUCAUCAUCAUUAUUGUCUGCUCAUCAUCAGAUGGUGUUGCAAGAAGAGGAUGUUAAUAAUCGGUUCUUGGUUAGGACAAAUAUGGGAAUAAAGGAGCUCUCAACUGAGGAAGAAUAUUAUUGGAGACAGUCCCAGAGGAUCUCAUUGAUGCGUAAUGAAAUUGGCAAUCUACCUGAGAACCCCAGAUCCCUCUCACUUGUGACGUUAUUUUUGCAGGAGAAUUAUGGAAGCUUGACUAGAAUUCCAGAAUCAUUCUUCGAGCAUAUGCACAAUCUUCGAGUUUUGGACCUGUCACACACUGAUAUCAAGGAGUUACCAUCUUCUGUUUCCAAUUUAGUAAGCCUUCGAGGAUUAUAUCUCCUUGAGUGUCGUUAUUUGGUUACUCUGCCAUCCCAAAUAGGGAAUCUGAAAAAACUUCAAGUGCUUCACUUAGGAUGCAGCUAUGGCAAGUUUGAGUACUUACCUAUUGAAAUUCAGCAGCUUACGCUCCUUAGAAGUCUGCAAGUGAAAACUGGAGGGAUGGUGGUUCCUAAUGGGAUUAUAUCAACCCUCUCUCUGCUUGAAAACUUGAGCCUACGUGUGCCUGAUCAUUCUCCAAAGUAUGAAGAAAGCAUUGUGGAAGAGGUGGGUAGCUUAAAGCAACUAACUCAACUUGAGUUUCAGUUUGGAACAUUGGAAAGUUUUGAGCAUUUUGUACGUGAAAGUUAUCCAUGGAAAAAUCAAAGCUUGAAAUCAUUUCAGUUCACUUUGAAUUGCAGCAAUGAAGAAGAAAGAGCAUCAUUCUCAAUUUAUAAGCCAUAUUUACAACUGGUGGGAGAUAAUUACACACCCAGCAACACUGCAAUUGCAGAGGUACUCCAUCGGGCCAAUGGUUUCGGUUUAGUAAGCAAUCACACUAAUUGUCAAGGGCUGUUGGAUUUUGGCUUGAAGAACUUGAGUCAGCUGAAAGAAUGUUAUGUUCGUGAAUGCAAGAUGAUGGAGAUCAUCAUCAACAUCAAUAAUGGAAAUCAUUAUGAUUUAAGUGCUACUUCUUCAACAACAACUCCUCCAUGUGCAGUUUUACCAAACUUGGAAUACUUGGAAGUUAGUGAUAUGCCAACUACGAGAGCCAUUUGGGAAGGGCCAAUGCCACCAGGAAGCUUCAGUCGUUUAUCAAGUUUAAUUAUCUGUGAUUGUGCAAACCUGAGAAAUAUUUUCACAUGGGGCAUACUCCAACAACUUUCAAACCUUGAAAGACUUGAAGUCUCGCGCUGUGAUACCAUCCAAAGUGUUGAAAGAAAGGUCAGCAUCUCAGAAGCAGAAGCAAGUGCUUUUUUCUGUUUUGUUUUUGUAUUGGGUUUCAUUGGUCCUUUCCAUAAUCAGAGAUUUCUGAAUUGCAAGAAGUGUAAGCGUUGGGAGAAGAAAGCCACUUUGAAAUAA